AUGACCACAGAGGAAGGUAUUUGGUCAAACAAAAAGGAGUACGUGAUGACUAACACGUGUGAAAUCCUACAGAAGAUCAGGAUAGGUUUAGAUGUUGCCACAUAUCUUCUAAACACUGAUCGUGGUAUACAAGCCGCUCAUUUGUGUUAUGAAUGUUUAGUCUUACUCAACAAUCUAUGCUUUGAUAUGAACGGCCUGGAUGUCUCUCAGGUAAUAUUCAAUGCUUACUACGCAAUUUCCGAUUACACAAACGCAGUUCAAUACACUAAAAAACUUAUCGCCAUGUUCCACAAUACAAUAAAAUCAAUGACUGAACUGGGAGACAAAUAUCGAAGACAAAGUAGGAUUGCAGAAGCCAAGGAACUUUUUGAAGGCGCACUUGCCAUCGCAAAAUCAAUUGACUACAGAAUUGGAGAAGCAGUGACUUAUGGAAGGCUAGGAUUUGUGUUUCAAUCACUCGGUGAAUAUCAGAAGGCUAAAGAAAAUCACGAGAAUGCUGUUGCUAUCGCAACAGAAAUUGGCGACAGGGAAGGAGAAGGGAGAACGUAUGGGAACCUUGGAAAUGUGUUUCAAACGCUCGGUGAACAUCAGAAGGCUAAAGAAUAUCACAAGAAAGCUCUUGCUAUUGCAAUAGAAAUUGGUAAUAGGGAAAAAGAAGGAGCAUGCUACACGAACCUUGGAGGUGUGUUUCUAUCACUUCGUAAAAAUAAGCAGGCUAAGGAACAUUUUGACAAAGCACUCGCCAUCAGUAUAGAAAUUGGCGACAGAGCGAGCGAGGGAUACUGCUACGGAAGCCUGGCAAGUCUGUACGAUUCGUUUCAUGACUACCAGAAGGCUACAGAGCUACUCGAGAAAGUACUUGUUAUCAGCAUCAAUAUUGGCGAUAGAAAACAACAAGGUAACACCUACCUUAACCUUGGGCGUGUGUCUCUAUCGCUUGGCAAAUACUACGAAUCGGAAAAGUACUUUGAGAAAGCGCACUUGAUGAGUAGCGAAAUUGGAGACAAUAUGACUGACUUUAAGAGCCUCCUUGGUAUCACUCAGUUGAAGAUAUCGGAAUCAAAGCUAGAGGAGGCAGUGAUGUAUCUUUGUCAAAGUAUUGAAAUUUAUGAAAAUUUGCGAAGUUUUCUCAAAGAAAACGAUGAAUUUAAAACAUGUCUCUUAGAAGAGCACGGUAAUUCCCCCUACGAGUUGCUCAGUUGCAUGCUGUGUGCCACCGGAAGUGUGGGAGACUCUCUUAAUGUGGAGGAGCUAAGACGCGCUAGAGGCCUCGCAGAAUUAAUGGCAGAUAAACUCUCAAUUGAAAGCCACAUCUCAGCUGAUUCAACAUCUCGGCCAAGGAUCGAAAGCAUUGUGAAUCAAGAGAGCGAUUGCGCUGUUUUGUACAUUUCAUAUUGUGAGCGGCAUGUUCGUUUGUGGGUUUUAAAAGCUAAUGGAGACAUUGACUAUCGAGUGAGCCCCGAAAUGAAAUUCGACACCCUCAUGGCUGCAGUCGUUUGCGAUGUAGAGGAAAUUUUUAAAAAAAGUGCCUCCAGUUUCGGCAUUUUACAUCACGAGAAUUGCGAGGAUCGAUCUUUGGGUGACGGUAUCGUCAUGUCUCCUCAAGAAGAGAGCCGAGCAACCUUGCAAGGAGACGUGACCAAACGGAACGAAAUGAUUCUUCAAUUCUGUUAUGACCAGCUUAUCGCUCCUGUCAAAGAUUUACUUACAGAGCCUGAAGUCAUCAUUGUGCCUGAGAAGUGUUCGUACCGAGUCCCUUUUGCUGCCUUACGGGAUGAGACAGUGGGAAAGUAUUUUUCAGAAACCUACAGAAUCCGCAUCGUCCCUUCUCUGACGACUCUGGGGAUCAUUCAGGAAUGUCCGGGGAACUAUCACAGUCAGACCGGUGCACUGGUAGUGGGUGAUCCUUGGGCUGACGAAGUGCAUUAUAAAGGAAGUACCUGGAAAUGGAAGCCAUUGUUCUGCGCAAGGAAAGAAGCAGAGAUGGUUGGUCGACUCCUGGGGGUUGAGCCAUUGUUAGGAGAGCACGCAACAAAGCAGGCGGUACUUCACGCACUUCAUUCAGUGAGCCUGAUACAUCUUGCCGCUCAUGGUAAUACCGAGAGAGGGGAGAUUGUGCUGUCCCCAAAUUGCACCACUAAAAGUAUUCCACAAGAAGAAGACUACCUUUUGACUAUGUCCGACAUUUCAAAGGUGAAGCUGCGAGCUAAACUGGUCGUACUUAGUUUUUGUCACAGUGGGCGUGGAACUUUUAAACGGGAGGGAGUCAUUGGAGUCGCUCGGGCGUUCCUAGCAUCUGGUGCACGUUCAGUGUUGGUGGCAUCAGAAGACAAAGCAACAGAGCUACUCAUGAAACUUUUUUACAAACACCUGGCUGCUGGAGAAAGUGCCAGCGAAUCUCUUCACCAGGCCAUCAAAUGGUUGAGAGGCAACGGCUUCACCGAACCUGCCCAAUGGGCUCCGUUUGUACUGAUGGGAGACAACGUGACCUUCGACUUGAAAAAAAUAAGGCAAAAAGAACUGACGGAGGAAGAGAAUGACGAGGACAAGAAACAGGGUAGCGACUGAUCCCUGACUCUCCCCCCC